AUGACAAGAAUUUUGACAGCUUGCAAAGUGGUGAAGACUUUGAAAGGCAGAUUGGAGUUUUGCAAUGUGUCUGCUGAUCACUGGAGUUUCGCAAGGACUGGUACCAGGUUGUUGAGCAUCAAGGUGCAGACAGCGAACUUGGUGCUGGAAGAUGGGACGAAGAUGAAGGGCUAUUCUUUUGGCUAUCCAUCCUCCACAGCAGGGGAAGUCGUAUUCAACACUGGUCUUUCUGGAUACACCGAAGCCUUGACAGAUCCCAGCUACAAAGGACAGAUUCUUACACUGGCUAACCCCAUAGUUGGGAACAGUGGAGUGCCUGACACGGCUGCUUUGGAUGAAAUGGGCCUCAGGAGGUUUCUGGAGUCUGACGGGAUCAAGGUUUCAGGUUUGCUGGUGCUAGAUUACAGCAAUGAGUACAGCCACUGGCAGGCUGCUAGGAGCCUGGGAGAGUGGUUGCAGGAAGAACAGGUGCCUGCACUGUAUGGGAUUGAUACCAGAAUGCUGUCCAAAUUAAUUCGUGACAAGGGUACGGUACUUGGGAAGAUUGAAUUUGAAGGUCAACCCAUGGAGUUUGCAGACCCAAAUAAGCAAAACUUAAUUGCAGAAGUUUCAACAAAGGAAGUCAAGGUUUAUGGCAGAGGGAAUCCAAUUAAAGUUGUAGCUGUCGACUGUGGGUUGAAGCACAACGUUAUCCGUCUGCUGGUAAAGCGAGGUGCAGAAGUGCAUUUGGUUCCAUGGGACCAUGAUUUCACCAGCAUGGAAUAUGAUGGGCUCAUAAUCUCCGGAGGUCCAGGGGAUCCCAUGAAGGCCCAGGAGGUGAUUCAGAAUGUCAGAAAGGUCCUGGAGAGCAAUCGCCCAGAGCCCUUGUUUGGAAUUAGCAUGGGGAAUCUAAUCACUGGAAUAGCAGCCGGAGCUACUUCCUACAAGAUGCAGAUGGCCAACAGAGGACAGAACCAGCCUGUCCUGAAUGCAGUGAAUGGACAGGCUGUCAUCACUGCUCAGAACCACAGUUAUGCCAUCAACAGCUCUACCCUCCCACCUGGCUGGCAACCUCUCUUUGUGAAUGCGAAUGAUCAAACGAAUGAGGGAAUUAUGCAUGAGACCAGACCGAUUUUCACAGCACAGUUCUACCCAGAUGCAAAUCCUGGGCCAAGAGACACAGAGUUCCUGUUUGAUUCAUUUAUUUCUCUGGUUAAGAGAGGGAAAGGCACUACCAUUUCCUCGGUCCUGCCCAAGGCUGGAGUGACAGCUUCCAGAGUGGAGGUCUCCAAAGUUCUCAUUCUAGGAUCCGGGGGUCUGUCGAUCGGUCAGGCAGGGGAAUUUGAUUACUCUGGAUCCCAGGCUGUGAAAGCCAUGAAGGAAGAAAACGUGAAAAUUGUCCUCAUGAAUCCCAAUAUUGCUUCAGUGCAGACCAAUGAGACUGGCUUAAAGCAGGCUGAUGCUGUCUACUUCCUCCCCAUCACUCCACAGUUUGUCACAGAGGUCAUCAAGGCGGAGUGUCCUGAUGGAUUAAUUCUGGGCAUGGGUGGCCAGACUGCUCUCAACUGUGGAGUGGAACUCUUCAAGCAAGGAGUCCUGCAGGAGUAUGGUGUGAAGGUCCUAGGUACAUCAGUUGAAUCCAUCAUGGCUACAGAGGAUAGAAAGCUUUUUUGCGAUAAACUGGCUGAGCUAAAUGAAAAGAUUGCUCCUAGCUUUGCAGUGGAAUCGAUUGAAGAUGCUCUGAAGGCAGCUGAAAAGAUUAGCUACCCAGUCAUGAUACGUUCUGCUUAUGCCCUUGGUGGUCUGGGGUCAGGCAUAUGUCCUGAUAAGGAAAGUUUGCUGGACCUUGGUAUGAAGGCAUUUGCGAUGACUAACCAAAUUCUGGUGGAAAAGUCAGUUGUUGGCUGGAAGGAGAUAGAGUAUGAAGUUGUGAGAGAUGCUGCUGAUAACUGUAUUGCUGUCUGCAAUAUGGAAAACAUUGAUGCUAUGGGAGUCCACACAGGGGAUUCUGUUGUAGUGGCUCCAAGCCAGACACUCACUAAUGAGGAAUUUCAGAUGCUGAGGGAUCGUGCCAUCAAAGUUGUCCGACAUUUGGGCAUUGUGGGAGAGUGUAAUAUCCAGUUUGCUCUGCAUCCAACUUCCCUGGAGUACUACAUCAUUGAAGUUAAUGCCAGACUCUCAAGAAGUUCAGCUUUGGCCUCCAAGGCAACAGGGUACCCAUUAGCAUUCAUUGCUGCCAAAAUUGCCUUGGGGAUCCCCUUGCCAGAAAUCAAGAACGUGGUGACAGGAAAAACCUCUGCCUGCUUUGAGCCCAGCCUGGAUUAUGUUGUUACAAAGAUACCCCGCUGGGAUUUGGAUCGUUUUCAGCAUAUGUCCAACCGGAUUGGAAGCUCCAUGAAGAGCGUGGGAGAGGUCAUGGCUAUUGGACGCACUUUUGAAGAGAGCUUCCAAAAGGCCCUGAGAAUGUGCCACCCAUCUGUAGAUGGCUUCACUUCACGUCUGCCCAUGAAUAAAGCCUGGCCAGCCAUCUUAGAUCUCCAGAAGGAACUCUCUGAGCCGUCCAGCACUCGGAUAUAUGCAAUAGCCAAGGCCUUGGAUAAUGAAGUCCCUGUGGAUGUCAUUCACAAACUCACAGCCAUUGACAAAUGGUUCCUGUAUAAGAUGUGCAACAUUGUGAACAUGGAGAAGAUCCUGAAGGAAGUGAACAGUGAAACAGUUCCAGAAGAGACACUGAGGAGAGCCAAACAGAUUGGGUUCUCAGACAAACAGAUUGGGAAAUGCCUGAGGCUGACUGAAGUCCAGUGCCGUCAGCUGAGACUGAGGAAGAAUAUAGUGCCCUGGGUGAAACAGAUCGACACACUGGCAGCAGAAUACCCAGCAGUAACUAAUUACCUCUACAUCACAUACAACGGGCAGGAACACGAUGUAAAAUUUGAUGACUGUGGAGUGAUGGUGUUGGGCUGUGGACCGUAUCACAUAGGCAGCAGCGUGGAGUUUGAUUGGUGUGCUGUCUCGAGCAUCCGCACGCUGCGUCAACUUGGCAACAAGACUGUCGUAGUGAAUUGCAACCCGGAGACGGUGAGCACAGAUUUUGAUGAGUGUGACAGACUGUACUUUGAGGAGCUGUCAUUGGAAAGGAUCCUGGACGUCUACCAAUAUGAGGGGUGCAGUGGUUGCAUUAUUUCUGUAGGUGGGCAGAUUCCCAAUAACUUGGCAGUGCCACUACACCAGAGUGGAGUGAAGAUCCUUGGCACAAAUCCUUUGCAGAUUGACCGGGCAGAAGAUCGCUCCAUAUUCUCAGCUGUUCUGGAUGAGCUGCAUGUGGCCCAGGCUCCCUGGAAGGCAGUCAGCACGCUGAGAGAUGCAGUUGAAUUUGCAAGCUCUGUGAGUUACCCAUGUUUGCUGAGGCCUUCCUAUGUUCUGAGUGGGUCUGCAAUGAAUGUAGUAUUCACUGAAGAGGAAAUGAAGAAGUUCUUAGCAGAAGCCACCAGAGUCUCUCAGGAUCACCCUGUGGUACUCACUAAAUUUAUUGAAGAUGCCCGUGAGGUGGAAAUGGAUGCUGUAGCCAACGCAGGAAGAGUUAUCUCACAUGCUAUUUCAGAGCAUGUGGAGGAUGCAGGCGUUCACUCUGGAGAUGCCACCCUCAUGUUACCCACACAGACUAUUAGCCAGGGAGCCUUGGAGAAGGUAAAAGCUGCUACAAAAAAGAUUGCAAAUGCCUUUGCCAUCUCUGGUCCAUUCAAUAUUCAGUUUUUGGUGCGAGGCAACGAUGUUCUGGUGAUAGAGUGCAACUUGCGGGCUUCACGCUCCUUCCCUUUUGUAUCGAAGACUCUGGGUGUGGACUUCAUCGAUGUGGCCACAAAAGUGAUGACUGGAAAAGACGUUAAUGAGUCAUCCCUCCCCACACUGGAGCAUCCCAUUAUUCCCUCCAAAUACGUUGGGAUUAAGGCCCCAAUGUUCUCCUGGUCCCGGCUGAGAGAUGCUGACCCUGUUCUCCGAUGUGAAAUGGCCUCUACUGGGGAGGUCGCAUGCUUCGGGGAGGAUGUGUACUCUGCCUUCCAGAAAGCUAUGCUUGCCACAGGGUUUACGUUUCCUAAGGAAGGAAUUUUGAUUGGAAUCCAGAAGUCAUUCCGCCCCAGAUUCCUCAGUGUAGCAGAACUACUGCAUGAGGAAGGUUUCAAGCUUUAUGCCACAGAAGCAACCUCGGGCUGGCUCAAUGCUAACGGUAUCCCAGCAAAUCCUGUGGCAUGGCCAUCGCAGGAAAGCCAGAGUCCGAGCCUCCCUCCGGUCAGGAGGCUGGUAAGGGAUGGGAAAAUAGAUCUGGUGAUUAACCUGCCUAACAGCAACACCAAGUUUGUCCAUGGUAAUUAUGUGAUCCGGAGGAUGGCUAUUGACAGCGGGAUUGCUCUGCUCACUAAUUUCCAGGUAACAAAGCUUUUUGCUGAAGCUGUCAAAUACUCUGGGAAAUUGGACUCCAGGAGUCUCUUCCACUACAGACAGUUUGACAAUGGAAACACUGCAUAGAAGAACUAUCUCCAACCUGCAAUCUUACUGCUUCUGGGACCACAAAAGAGAGGGGAUCUCAGAUCAUCCACCUAACCAUCUUUCCUUCUAUUUUAUAGCAUCUGCACUGAUUGUUUUUUCCAACUCGCACAAGUUCAUUCCUAGCCAAUACUGUUGAUGUCUCAUUGGAAAGCUGUCCUCUCCCCAGCUUCUCCACCAUUUUCUCCCCAUUUCCACAUAGGAUCAAAUAUUAGUUAUUUACUAGAUGGGCAGAUCCAGACACCGCCAUAGCAGAGGAAAUGAAAGGAGAUACAACUGAUCCUACAUGGGGGUUGGUUGUUCCUACUUUUCAUAACCAAGCUGCUCCUCCUUAGAAAUGCCUUCCUUGGGUCCAUAAUCCUAGCUAUUCUCAUACUGGACUACUAGAGCCUGGCCCCAAACUCCCAUAGAAAGACACGUAGCUUUCUCUUUCCAUGGCUGAUUAUUGAGGAUUUUACAACUUUGUGUAACAAUUAAACAUCCUCCUGCUUGAUACACCCAGUGAUACCAUGGAUGCCUGCCACGGUGAUGAGUGUGAUAGGAGCUCUUUAAAGACAGAGGAACAUGAAUUCCCCACGAUUCCCAUAACAGCUGACAGGCAUGAUGCAGCUACUUUUUGUUUGGUUUUUAACCCUGGCCAAGAAUCAUCUUCUUCAGCCUGUAGAUUUGAUGGGAGAGAAAGGCUGUAUGUGUGUGUCCUGGAAUUGCUUCCAAGUUCUGCUCAGUCCUUCAGGCUAUUAUUAUGAUUAUUUUUUAAAUUCUAGUUCAACAGUCUGAAUUCAGGUGGCUGUCCCUGUAUUGUAAAGGCUCUCUCUCAGCUUUGUGUCUGGCUUCAAAAGUGGAGAACUCCCCAAAGACUUCUGUGUGUUGCUGUCCAACAUUUUGUGCCGUGAUUGUGGGCAUUAAAAUUGAAUCCUUUCAAAACGAGGUGAAAGUGUUGCAGUGCUUUCCCCCUCCCAAUUAAGUGACCCCUUCACUUUCGCUCCAGGCUUCUCUGCUGCUCUUUCAGCUCUGGUAAAUGCUGUCCAUGGAGCAGACACCCACUGUGCCACAUGGUGCAUGUUAUCACUUGUUGUCUGCAUGGCAGAAGACUUCAGCAGCUCUAUGGCCAAUGGCACUGCAUCCUGCAGCAUAUAUAGUGCCUGCUUCUAAAUGUUUACCAGCUAAGGAAUGUAUGUGUCUGUCUUUCCCCCCUCCACCCCCCCCAUGUUGCAGUAUGUACACAGCACACCCUGUGCUGGAGUCAGGAAGAUUCAAAGUUGGACAACUUCUCUGAUACUUGCUAGAGUAAGCUGAAGUGGAGCAUUCUCCUCCAGCCACACUGUCUGCCUGAGAUGCCAGACCCAGGGCACUGCUAGCUUGUAGUAGUUACCUACCUCUUAUGUAUCCCCCAAUACCUGCAGGGCCUGCCAAGAAAUACUACUGCCAGCUAGUGCUAGAUAUCUGGUAGUGGAGCUGGGUACCACCCAGUGGUGCUUUUACUGAAACUAUCAACACUGAAAGUAGUGCACUUUGGGCUGUGUUGAGGAGAUGAGCAAACCUAGGCUGCUUCUUGCAUGUGCUCUCAAGUUCCCUUGGGUCCCAAGAAGCUUUGAGUGUGGAGAGAGAAUAAGGGCAGAUAGAUAGUCUGGGGGUUUUUAAAUUAAUGCUAAAACAUUUCAGGAAGGAUAUAAAAUCUGAUAAGAGCUUUUACUGAAAAGUGCAAAGGAGUGGGCAGAGGCUGUGAUGCCUUUGGGUACCAUGGGACUCUGAACAAUUAGUGCUAAGUGCCAAGACCAAAUUUUGAACCAGGUGUGGACUUUAUUUCUGAUCUGGUUGACAUCCCAAGUGCUCUUGCCAUAGGCAUUUCUUCAGUACUAACUUUUGUGAUGAACACAAACCUGCCUGCUGUGCAUAGGGAGAGCUUUGCACUUUUAGAGUAAAGAUGUUAUUAAAAAAAAAAGAAAGAAAGAAAAAAAAAAAAACCCCAAUCAAAACUCCAGAAGAGCCCAAAGCCAUCAAGUGUUCACCCAUUCAGUUGUGAAAUGGAUGACAAAUGGUGGUUAAUGAAGCAGCACUCUAAAUGCAUCCUGCACAUUUCAGUGGCAAAAAUCCCAUUAACAACUAGUGUCAUCUCGCAUCCUCCCACCCUGCUUUUACCUCUAGUAGUGAACAAAGCGACAUCUUAAAACAUCUGUAUUCUCUUGUUCUUCCUCUUCUAUUUUGUCACUUAUCUCAUGAGCUGAAAAUGAAAUAAAUGCCCCGGAUUGUGACAGCUA